UCAGAAAGUUUAAAUAACUUGUCGCAAAUCUCACAGCCCUAAGUGGUAGAAGCAGGAUUUGAACCCAGGUCUAUAUGAUCCAGAGACCACAAGCUGACCUCUGUGUUACACUGUUCUGCCUCUGCAUUCUGUCUGAGAUCCUAAAAUCCAGAAUUGAUGCUACAUCCCACUGCGGUGAAGGGCUAAUGAAGUGAUGCACAUAAGGUGCUAUGUGAUGGGACCAUGACCUUGGACCCUCGCAGGAGAAGCCUUCUGAUGCUACUGAUGGCCUUGGGCCUGACCCAGGGCGACCCCGUGAAGCCCUCUCGGGGCCCACUGGUGACCUGCACGUGUGAGAACCCACACUGCAAGGGGCCUACCUGCCAGGGGGCCUGGUGCACGGUAGUGCUGGUGCGGGAGGAGGGCAGACACCCCCAGGAACAUCGAGGCUGCGGGAAUCUGCACCAGGAGCUCUGCAGGGGGCGCCCCACUGAGUUCGUCAACCACUACUGCUGCUACAGCCCCCUCUGCAACCAAAACGUGUCCCUGGUGCUGGAGGCCACCCGAACUCCUCCGGAACAGCCACAAGAAGAUGGCCAGCUGCCUCUGAUCCUGGGCCCCGUGCUGGCCUUGCUGGCCCUUGUGGCCCUGGGUGCCCUGGGCCUGUGGCACGUCCGGCGGAGGCAGGAGAAGCAUCGGGGUCUGAACAAUGAGCUGGGCGAGUCCAGCCUCAUCCUGAAGGCAUCCGAACCGGGGGACAGCAUGUUGGGGGACCUCCUGGACAGUGACUGUACCACGGGCAGUGGCUCAGGGCUCCCCUUCCUGGUGCAGAGGACAGUGGCACGGCAGGUUGCCCUGGUGGAGUGUGUGGGAAAGGGCCGCUAUGGUGAGGUGUGGCGGGGCCUGUGGCAUGGUGAGAGUGUGGCCGUCAAGAUCUUCUCCUCGAGGGAUGAGCAGUCCUGGUUCCGGGAGACUGAGAUCUACAACACAGUGUUGCUCAGACACGACAACAUCCUAGGCUUUAUCGCCUCCGACAUGACCUCCCGCAACUCGAGCACGCAGCUGUGGCUCAUCACGCACUACCACGAGCACGGCUCCCUCUACGACUUUCUGCAGAGGCAGACGCUGGAGCCCCAGCUGGCCCUGAGGCUAGCGGUGUCCGCGGCCUGCGGCCUGGCGCACCUGCACGUGGAGAUCUUCGGCACGCAGGGCAAGCCAGCCAUCGCCCACCGCGACCUCAAGAGCCGCAACGUGCUGGUCAAGAGCAACCUGCAGUGCUGCAUCGCCGACCUGGGCCUGGCUGUGAUGCACUCCCAGGGUAGCGAUUACCUGGACAUCGGCAACAACCCACGAGUGGGCACCAAGCGGUACAUGGCCCCGGAGGUGCUGGAAGAGCAGAUCCGUACCGACUGCUUUGAGUCCUACAAGUGGACGGACAUCUGGGCCUUUGGCCUGGUGCUGUGGGAGAUUGCCCGCCGGACCAUUGUCAAUGGCAUCGUGGAGGACUACAGGCCACCCUUCUAUGAUGUGGUGCCCAAUGAUCCCAGCUUCGAGGACAUGAAGAAGGUGGUGUGUGUUGACCAGCAGACUCCCACCAUCCCCAACCGACUGGCUGCAGACCCGGUCCUCUCAGGCCUGGCUCAGAUGAUGCGGGAGUGCUGGUACCCCAACCCCUCUGCCCGCCUCACAGCGCUGCGGAUCAAGAAAACCCUACAGAAACUCAGCAACGGUCUCCAGAAGCCCAAAGUGAUUCAUUAGCCACGGGCCUGAUGCUGCCUCCCCUCCUGCAGUGUGUGCGGGGUGGGCGGUGGAUGGUGGCCUGUCUGGAUAGAGGUUGUAUGAAAGUGUGUACUGGGGAGGAGGGUGCCCCUCUGUGGGCAGCUGUGUCUGCCCAGCUCGGCCCCUAGCCCAUCCAGCCAAAAAUACAGCUGGGCUGAAACUUGAUCCCCCGCCGUCUGGCCUGUUCAAGGCAGCAGGCUCCCUGACGCCUGGCUCCCUCCCCACCCCUGCGCCCUGGGCCCUGGGCGCACCCCCUACCGUCCCCAGGACAGGAUGCAAAAGAGGCUCCAGAGCCAGGGUGACCAAGCCAGGGAACCCCAGUCCCAGGCCCAGAGCCUGGGCCUGCACUUUACCCCCUUCCCUCAGUCGGACCUGCCAGAGCUGCCAGGGUGGCACAGGGCCCUGUCCAGCCUUCAGUAGACACCCUGCCUUGCCAGGCUCAGUAUCUGGCACAAGCCCCAGACACCCAGGGCCCAUCAGUUUUUCUCCUGGGUUCAUAUCUCAGCUCUGUGCCGCCUUGGGCCUCUGUCUCUUGGAUCAGACCCCCGCUGGCUGAAUGCUAGCUGCCUGGAGAGCUGGGGUCUGAUCCUGAGCCCCUCCCCCACUCCCCCCCAGCAGACUUACUAUGGCUUUAAACCCAAGGAGUCUUGCUGUGGGUAUGGCAGAGUCAUAGGCCAAUGGAGAGGUGGUAGAUCAGAUGGGCAAGGCCCAGGACUUUUCAAAUAAACCGAGAGGAUGUCAAGGCCAAGCAUGGCCAGGGAACAGCUCAGCUGGGAGUCAGGAGACCCAGGCUCUGGUCCUGGGUGCUUGAUCUUGUGACAAGAAUGAGGUCUUCACUGUCCCAGGACCUUUGUUUCUUCAUCUACAUAUUGAAAGAUUUGGUCCUGAUGUCCUUUGAAGUUUUUCUCAGCUCUAAAUUUCUUUGAAAUUUCAGCUGUGUCAGAACUCAGUUCAGCAAUCCCUUCUACAUCUUAUGCCCCAGCUCCUGGCAAUUUGCCUCAAGAUGAGGAUUUGAAAAUCACUUUAUUUGAAGCCAGGAGUGUCUGAAAGGCCUCUUAGUCUAAUUCUACAAGCUUCAUUUCCUGCCGUAACCCAUGCUGGUGGCCGUCCUUGGGCUUAGACAGCUCUGGGACUUCUUGCAGGCAGGCCAGCUGCUCACCAUCUCUGUGGCUUCAUCUUUUCUGCUCAGGGCAGAGAGGGGCCAGGGGCCAGCUUCCUGCAGGGUCUCCAAGGCUCAGAAGAAAUCUGGCUCUAGCCAGCAAGCCUCCAGCACCCAGGUUCCUGCUCCCUACUGGCCCCUGGCACAGGCCAAUACCCUUGGCCAGGCCCCAGAGGGUGUGUGUCUAGGAAGAACCUGGUGGCUGUAGAGAAACACAUGGAAAGUUCAGCACUUGGAAAUAUCAAGGGUGUAUGUCCAUGCACUAAGGCAGUUACCCCGAACCCUAAGCAGAUGGAGAGGGUGCUGGGUUGGAAGUAGGGCCUAGGGGGUUGGGCAGUGGGGGAUGGGGCUCAGGCUAGGGACACAACAUCCCCAAUCUUGGGAAGACCUGGCCUUGCAGCCCUCAGCCCUUGGGACAGGGUGGAGAGGGACCCUCAGUUCUCCACAGGAGGAGAAGGAAACAGCCUCCUCCCCUCCUACUGUAAAUGCCCCACAGGGCCUCCCGGGGAGGGGUUCCUUCAGUGUUUCUUUCACCAUCAGCGGCCCUUUCCCAGGCCUGCCUCCCAGCAUUGUGCAAGGCCUGGAGGAGAACCAGGAAGUGAAACUGAGUGAAAACAGAAAGCUACAUGGACCUGCCAGGUUCCCUCAUCAUCGUGGGGCAGUUUGCUUCCCAGCAGUGUCAUGUCUUCUGGUCCCUGGAACCCACCCAGCCCAGGAAUCAGGACACGCCUGAAGGACUUUCUCUUUACUGGAUUUGGGGGUGAAAAGUCUCCUGAGACUCCAUAACCAGAAACUAAAGGCAGCAGCUGCCCAAAAGCUGGAAAAUCCCUAAGAGAAGAAGGUCUGAGGCAGGAGGUGGUGUGAUGGGGGAGGGUUGAGAGAAGGGGCCAGGGUUGGGAGAACCACCUGGGAGGGAAGGAGGCAUUGGUGAGAGUGGUCUGCAAAAUGCUGCUGUCUGAGUUCAGGAUGGUGUUCCAGGGCCGAAAUUCCAGUCGCCUAACCUGGAGAUACUGUUCGUGGGAGCACUGAGCUCGUGCUUAGCACAUAGUGCAUCCUCAAAAUAAACCGUGGUUGAAUCUGAA